AUGACAUCCCUUUCAAACAAACCACUCUUCAAUCAAUUCAUUUCAUCUCUAGUCUUCUUCUUCCUUGUUGUCAUCAUCCUUGAUUUCAUUUGUUCAUCCACUGCUUCUGUUUCCUCUGUAACUUCUCCUUUUGUUUACACUAACAAUAAGGUUAAGGUAGCAGAAGAAAGAAAGGAAGCAAAGGCACUUCUAAAAUGGAAAACCAACCUUCACAGUAAAAGCCAGUCUUUCUUGUCCUCUUGGGCUGGAAGCAAUCCUUGCAAUUGGGUCGGAAUAAAUUGCGACGACAAGUCUGGAAGUGUCACCCAUCUAAACCUUUCAAGUCACAGUUUGAAAGGUACACUUCACGAUCUAAGCUUUCAAUCCUUCCCUAAUCUACUCAGUGUUGACCUUUCUUUCAACUCACUAUUUGGAACCAUCCCUACAAAUAUUGUUCACCUCUCUAAACUCUCAGUUCUAGACCUUUCUUAUAAUCAAUUCACUGGAAUAAUUCCUUCCGAAAUAGGCCAAUUGACAAGUCUUCACGUCUUUUACCUUGGUGUAAAUCUUAUGAGUGGCCUUAUUCCUCAAGAACUAGGAGGAUUAACUUCUUUGAGUGAGCUUGAUUUAUCAACAAACAAUCUCACUGGGGUCAUUCCCACCUCUCUUGGAAACUUAAGCAACCUAAACAUUCUAUGUCUUCAGAUGAACCAUCUCUAUGGUACCAUCCCUACUUCUCUUGGAAACUUAAGCAACCUAACCAUUCUAGAUCUUGGUGGGAACCAACUUUAUGGUCACAUCCCUCAAGAAAUAGGUCUGCCAAGUUCUCUAAGUUUCCUUGCGUUGGCAAUAAACAAUCUUACAGGUAUCAUCCCUGCCUCUCUUGGAAGCUUAAGCAACCUAACCACUCUAUAUCUUCAUAUGAACCAACUUUCUGGUUCCAUUCCUCAAGAAUUAGGAAUGCUAAGUUCUCUGACUGACCUUCAGUUAUCAAUAAACAAUCUCAUAGGCACCAUCCCUGCUUCUCUUGGAAACUUAAGCAACCUAAUCACUCUAUAUCUUCAUAUGAACCAACUUUCUGGUUCCAUCCCUCAAGAAUUAGGAAUGCUAAGUUCUCUGACUAACCUUCAGUUAUCAAUGAACAAUCUCAUAGGCACCAUCCCUGCUUUUCUUGGAAACUUAAGCAACCUCAACAAUCUAUAUCUUUUUUCCAACAGACUUUCUGGUUCCAUCCCUCAAGAAUUUGGAAUUAACAAUUUUACUCAAUUGAAGGAGUUCGAAAUAUCUGAAAACAAACUCACUGGUCACUUGCCAAACAAUGUGUUCCUUGGUGGAUCGCUUGAGAAAUUCACUGCAGACAACAAUCAUUUUAUUGGUUCAAUACCAAAAUCGAUGAGAAACUGUAGAUUACCUCCGGAGCUUGGAGAAGCAAUUCAAUUACAUGUGCUCAAUCUCUCCUCAAAUAAGCUAAAUGGGGAAAUCCGAAAGGAAUUAGUAUCUCCAAAAUCUUGA